AUGAAAAAAAUAACCUCAAUCAAGAAAGAACAGAACGUAAGGUGGAUUCUUAGUUCACCCGAUCCAAGUCCGAUUGCUUUUUUCAGAUUUAACUUUUCUACGCAUCGAAGUCGAGCUUUCGAUUCUUAUGACAAAGUUCUAGAAACAGCCUUGGCGAAAUGUGAAGAUGAGGAUAUUAAAGAAAGACUAUUGAGAAUGCAAAUAAUGUAUAGUACCGAAAUUCAAAAAGAUUGGGAGUUAUGGCUGGAAGAGAGGAAGGUGAUUAAAGUAAACCGUUCAAUCCAAGACACGAAUGUAGCUGUGCAAACUAGGUUUAAUACCCGUGUAAAAAACCAGGGCACAUUACCAACAACGUCAACAAUUAAAAAUAUUGAAGACAACAGAGAGCCAUCGAUAGUGAAUUCUCCUAUAACAACUGAUAGCGAUGAUGUUCUAGAAGCAAUUGCAUCUUUGUUUGAAUCUUCUCAAGAAGAUCUCAUUUCAACUAUCACAGAAGAAAACCUUGACAGGGAGGAGAUGGUGAUACCAAGUGUUCAGAAACAACUUCUAAAGGGUAGUAAACUUAUGUUAUCAAGCCAGUUAGAUGUGUUUGCACACUUUCGCAACAUACGUUUAAAGAUCCCGUCGAAACGCAAGAUCUUAAAUCCGGCCUAUUAUGGAAUCAUCGACUUAACUGGCCAACAUAUUAGGACCAAGGCGUCAUUUGCUGUUGAUGAUUGGAAAGAACUUCGAAAUUUAUUUGGAACAAUUGUUCAAUGGCAAUCAAUUCAGACACCUGAGAAUUUCGUUAAAUACUUUGACGAUAAUUUUAAGUUGCCUCCUAAUCCAGAGGAUAAGCUAAAAAGCUUUCAUACGGCAGUUCAAUUUUUGCGAACAAGCUACCCCAGCCAAAAUUCAUUGUCUGAGCAACAUGCAGUACAUGCAUUAUAUUACCCGAUAAUUAAUACUAUUCUACGUGACGAUAACAUAUUACUGAUGGAUUGGGGGGAAAUGGCUUCGUCUUCAAGCUCUAAUGCAAAAAAUGAUAAUAUUAGUCCUGAGAGAAAAGCAAAAAUUGGUUAUAAGGUUGAUUUCAAAAUAACUUUAAAAACCCCAAAUUACAAGUUACAGGCUGUACAUGGUGAAAUGUCUGGCGGUAUCAGAAAUGGAAAGGCUGAAGCUUGCAGGCGCAAACAAUGGCUUGAUAAACUGAAGCUUAUGAUUAUGUUGAGAGACGAACUAAAUCAGGUUAUCAAGGCCUACAACCAGUCAAAUGAUGAACUUUUGAAUUUUAUUGUUUACGGAAUUCAAGUUAUUGGAUUUCAUUUAAACGUUUAUGCAAUGAUAUGGUGCAGUGGAGGGGUUUAUCUUUUUGGGUUAGUUGACAAAUGUUUAAUACCAAACAAUUUAGAAACAUUUUAUUCAUUUGAAGAAGUAUAUGUAAUUCUCAAAACUUUGCAAAAAAAAGUUAUUGAAGCUUCAAGUGUUUUGAUCGACAUUGAGCGGAACCAUGCAAAAAAAAGACGACGGCUUGUGAUUAACAACCAAUAUAAUUUUGACGAUAACCUUGUAUUUACUCAAACAACAAAACAUCAGAAAACAUGUUGA